AUGAAUCCAUUGAAUAAGAUUAUAUUCUUAUCAGCUUUCUUAGCGUCGGGGUUUUUGUUAAUUUUAUUAUCAUGUGCAUUAUAUAAUAACUGGAAGCCAUUAUGGGUUAUAUUAAUUUUUUUGAUAGCACCAUUACCCAAUAUAAUAUCAUCAUCAAUUGAAAAUAAUCGGGAUGACUUUUUAAUGUUUAAUAAUGAUCAUAACAAUAGUCCAAGUUCCAUCGAGGAGUUGAGUAAGUUUAUCACUGGAUAUUUGAUUAUCAGUGGGGUUUCAUUACCAAUUAUAUUGUAUCAUACUAAUUUGAUUGAAAUGGGGUCAAUGAUUAUGAGUAUAAUUGGAGGGUUGAUUGUAUAUGGGGAUAUUAUUGUAUUCAUUUGGUUUUUCAGUGAAGAA